CUUGACAGUUAGCUAAUUGCGGUUAGUGAACUAGCUAGCUGGCAGGCGGGGAGUCUAAUUUAAAAUGUCUGACUGGGAAGACGAGUACAGCGAGGGCGGCGUUGCCAUCCAGAAGCGUGCUACAAAACCAACUCAUAAUGAAAGGAAAUUGUCACGUUAUGACAGUCAGGGCCCAAAUGUUAAUUUCGGUGUAAGAAAUGGAACCAGGUCUGAAGCCUCAAGAGAGUGGAGAGCCGAUCGUAGCGAAGGUUUUGAACACAAAAGUCGAAGAAGUGGAGGCGAAGUCGGCCCGUGUUCCCGCAGCACGGACCGCGGAGGCCCUGGACGACGAACGUUUGACAAUGAAAAGUCGGACUCUUUCCAGCCUGUGACUUUCACCUUAGAAAAUUCUGUAGUUGGGAGGGUAAUAGGUCGCGGAGGAGCCAAAAUUCGUGAACUUGAGGAGAGCACUGGUGCUAGGAUCAAGAUAAACAAUGGGGACAAUGAAGCUGAGGUGGUCCUCUUUGGGUCCUCUGCUGCCCAGCAGAAGGCUAAGGAGAUGAUUGAAGAACUGGUAGCAGAUGGCAACUCUCGAUUUCGCAAUGGUCCUGGCAGAGGGGGAGACUAUGGUGGAGCAGAUGACGGAGGAGGCUACAGAGGUAGAGGUGGUGGAGGAGGCUACAGAGGGAGUGGUGGUGGAGGAGUAAGGGAUAGCUCGGUCUGGUCUACUGCAGAAUUAGAAGCUGCAGAUGCUGCCCCGCCCCCUGUAUCCAUAGACUGGAACACCAUCCGGGAGAACAAGGACAAGUAUGCAGAGCUCAAGUGGAAGGACCUCCCACCCUUAAAGAAGAAAUUUUACACUGAGGCACAGAGUGUAUCCAUGCUCACAGCAGAGGAAGUCAGUGAAUGGAGGAAGGAGAACAACAAUAUCUAUGUGGAUGACCUGAAGGAGGAGGGGGAGAAGCGUCUUUUUCCCAAUCCUUGUCGCACCUUUCUGGAGGCCUUCGAACUAUAUCCAGAGAUCAUGGAAAACAUUAAACAAGUUGGCUUUGUCAAGCCCACCCCCAUCCAGUCUCAGGCGUGGCCAGUGUCACUGAGUGGAGAGGACCUGAUAGCCAUUGCUCAGACAGGAACAGGCAAAACCCUGGCCUACCUCCUGCCAGGGUUCAUUCACAUGGAUGGACAGCCUUUGCCUAGAGCUGAGCGGGGUGGUCCAGGCAUGUUGGUUCUGACCCCCACCAGAGAGCUGGCCCUGCAGAUUGAAUCUGAGUGCAAAAAGUACAGCUACAAGGGAUACAAAAGUGUCUGUAUAUAUGGCGGAGGGGAUAGGAGAGCCCAGAUCAACCUGGUGAAGGGGGGCGUGGACAUAGUGAUCGCUACACCAGGCCGACUAAAUGAUCUACAAAUGAAUGAGCUCAUUAAUCUUCGAUCCAUCACGUACUUGGUGCUGGAUGAGGCUGACCGUAUGCUAGACAUGGGCUUUGAACCCCAGAUUAUGAAGAUUCUCCUGGACAUUCGCCCAGACCGACAGACUGUCAUGACCAGUGCCACCUGGCCUACCGGUGUGAGACGAUUGGCCAAAUCUUACCUAAAGAAUCCCAUGAUGGUUUAUGUGGGCACCCUAGACUUGGCGGCUGUUAACACGGUGCAGCAAACAGUGCUAAUCGUCCAUGAAGACGAGAAAAAGUCGUACGUGUUUGACUUCCUCAGAAACAUGCUGCCCACUGAUAAAGUCCUCAUCUUUGUUGGCAAGAAGCUCGUGUGUGAUGACCUGUCUAGUGACAUGUGUCUGCAGGGCCUGGCUGUGCAAAGUCUCCAUGGUGACCGUGAGCAGUAUGACCGUGAAGAGGCCCUCAAAGACUUCAAAGAUGGCCGAGUUCGUAUCCUGGUUGCUACAGAUUUAGCAUCUCGAGGGUUGGAUGUCAUUGACAUAACACAUGUCUUUAACUAUGACUUCCCACGUAACAUAGAGGAGUAUGUCCAUCGGGUGGGCCGAACUGGCCGAGCAGGACGCUUAGGUGCUGCUGUUACCCUGGUAACAAGACAAGACUGGAGGAUGUCGGCUGAGCUGAUUUCCAUCCUUGAGCGAGCAGGACAGGAAGUCCCUGAGGAGCUGGUGCUUAUGGCAGAGAGAUACGAGAGGCACAAGAGGGAAAAGGAGCUGUGCAAUCCAAGGGGAGGGGGAGAUGGAAGGGGAGGAGGAUGGGGAGGUGGAAGGGGAGGAGGAUGGGGAAGAAGAGAUGGUGGAGGGAGAGGAGGCAGAGAUCAAAGCCAAAACUGGGGAUUCUAAAUGCUUGAUUGUCCAACCAGGUGAAACAAGAUCUGAAUCUGUGUGUUGUAAUUUCUUUUGAAUAUGUAUUAUUAGUAUUUUUUUUCCUUUGAUUUAUUUGUCUUU